ACUAACUCUUCCUCACGCUACCUUUCUCACCUUCUUCUUCUCCUUCUUCUUCCUCAUACUCUGUUCUUUCGUAAAUAUACCAAAUCCAAUUUCCCCCAAUUUCUAGGGUUUCGUUGAAACCCUAACUACCUCUUGCAUUCCCGCCAAAAUUACCUUCUCAUUUUGAUUUCUUUCAGUUUCCUUUUACCCAUCGACUUCACUAUGUCAAGCUUGGAGGAGCCACUUGGCCUUGACAAGUUGCCAAGCAUGAGUACCAUAGAUAGAAUCCAGAGGUUCUCAUCUGGUGCUUGCUGCCGUCCCAGUGUAGAUAAUUUGGGUAUGGGAAACUGCUUUAUUGAUGGAAGAAGCUGCAGUACAUCUAACAGCUGCAAUGAAGAUAAUGAAGAGUACACAGCAGAGACAUUCCCUUGGAAAAGGCAAACCAGGAACGGGUCUAGAGGUGAUUCUUCAAGUCAAAAGACUAUGACCAUCAGGAGGAACUCAAUGAAAUCUGGAAUGAUUGAUAAUUCAUUGCACACCCCUGGUUACCAGUAUAGUCCAAAGCACAAUAACAAAGAAACACAAGAUAUGGCAUAUAAGUUUAUGAAUGGUAUGCCAAAGUUUGUAAAGAUAGUUGAAGUUGGUCCAAGGGAUGGCUUACAAAAUGAGAAGAACAUUGUACCGACAUCUGUAAAGAUUGAAUUGAUUCAUAGACUAGCAUCUUCUGGUUUAUCUGUUAUUGAGGCUACUAGUUUUGUAUCUCCCAAGUGGGUCCCACAGUUGGCUGAUGCAAAGGAUGUAAUGCAAGCAGUUAAAAACCUGGGAGGCAUCAGAUUGCCAGUUCUGACCCCUAAUUUAAAGGGUUUUGAAGCUGCUAUAGCUGCUGGUGCUAGAGAAAUAGCUGUUUUUGCAGCAGCCUCUGAAUCUUUCUCAAAAUCAAACAUCAAUUGUAGUAUUGAAGAGAGCCUUGCUCGCUAUCGAGCUGUCACAAGUGCUGCUAAAGAGCUCUCAAUUCCUGUUCGAGGGUAUGUAUCAUGUGUCGCUGGAUGCCCAGUGGAAGGACCAGUCCCUCCUUCACAAGUGGCUUAUGUGGCUAAAGAAUUAUAUGAUAUGGGUUGCUUUGAAAUCUCCCUUGGUGACACAAUUGGAGUCGGCACACCAGGAACUGUAGUUCCAAUGCUUUUGGCAGUAAUGGCUGUUGUACCGAUAGAUAAACUUGCCGUCCACUUCCAUGACACAUACGGGCAAUCCCUUCCAAAUAUUCUUGUGUCUCUCCAAAUGGGGAUUAGUGCAGUGGAUUCUUCAGUCUCUGGUCUAGGUGGCUGUCCAUAUGCUAAGGGAGCUUCAGGAAAUGUAGCUACUGAAGAUGUUGUGUACAUGCUGAAUGGGCUUGGUGUGAAGACAAAUGUUGAUCUGGGAAAGCUCUUGUCAGCCGGGGACUUCAUCAGCAAGCAUCUGGGCCGCCCAUCUGGCUCAAAGACUGCCGUCGCCUUAGGCCGAGUCACAUCUGAUGCUUCCAAGAUAUGAUAAUGUAUUGUACCAUAAAAAUAUAUAUAAAUAGGUGCUUCAAGCAAUGACAGGUCAUUCUAUAUGUAUAUUUCUUUUCUUUUCUUUUUUUCCUUUUUCUGCAUAAUUAUAUGAGAGGAAUAAAUUGCCCACUCCUGUGGAUGAGUUGGGAAGAGAGAUGUAAUGGCUGUAAUCUGCCAAUAGCAAUAUCAAUAGCAAGUGCAAGCUUCUCAUUUGAAUUAAAGCUUGCAAUUUUUUCCUUGUUUCA